GACGCCGUUUUUUCCGUCCAUCACGUUCCAUUUUGUUUACUGUUCGUGUAUUAUGUGCGGCCGCCAUUUGUCAUUCUGUUUUAUUGUGUUGUACGAACUGAUCUUUUAGCGUUGUUCAUCGAUCGUCGCUGUUCACAUACUUUAAUAAUUACUUUACCACCAUUUGUCAUUGUGGUGAUUUGUAUUUUGCGACUAUCCGAGGAAUUUCAAUUCAGUCAAAACGGCGACCCAAACUAAUAAAGGUAAGUAUUAUAGGUACUGCUGUAUGGUGUAAUGUAUUCCUAUACGUCGGGCGCGUUUCGAAUUUUCGUCAAUGAAAAUCGUCCAUUGUUUGUAUAAAAAUGAGGGGCGUUUCCCACGUGUUUUUCGAUUUUUAAACCGACAGUACUGCUACUGUAAGUCUGUCAUCUGUGUUAACAUUACUACCUCACUACUGCCAUUUAUUCAUUAAUUCAAAUACGGCUUUAUGCGGGGAUGAGCAAGCUGACCCAUUGCGAUUACAUUACUUAUCUGUCCUCAUCUAUUUGAUCCCGCUUCCACUGCCCCAUACCUCCCCUUAGAUCCAUCGUAUUGGAUGUAUAGACAAUAUUAAGUUUUUAAUAUCCAUGAUCGGAAUCUGGAAAUCAUGUUCCAAUCAACGCUGAAAGUCCGACAUCCGAUAGAAAAAUAACCUGCCGACGGUGUUUGAAUGAUAAUUGAAAUAAUGUCGAUCGAUAUAUGUUUCUAUAUGAUCUUAACAAUAAUUGAAUAUUAUAUUUUAAAUAUUUUGAUUUCUAAACAUAAGUUAAAAAUACUUUAUAUUUCCUUUGUAUCUACCGUCUGUACUGUAGAUAGUUUUAGUUGUUUAUUUGGUUAACAAAGAGAUAUAUAUAUAUAUUAUUCAUAUUAUUAUUUUACUUAUUUUUUUUAUUUAUGUAAUGGAUUAAAGCCCAACGGCUUUUACAAAUAAUUUAGUGGAAUUUCAUAUAUACAAUUAAGAGGUGAUAAUAAAAUAAGUUCAACAGUUUAAAUACAAAUAAAACGUUUUUGGUGAAAAUAUACAAAUAGGUAGUUCAAUAUAGGUUUAAAAAUAUCAUGUAUAAAUUAGUUAACAUUGAAAAAUAUAUAAAUUGAAAUAUUUGUGUGCCUAUGUACAAGAAUGAGGAGAACGAAUUAAUUCAUAAUUGCCCAUCAUUUUAGAUAAAUUUUAGAUGUUCAUAGAAAUAUUGGAAUUAGAAACAUGAGUAUAAAAAAAAAACCUGAUACCCAGUAAUUCUAGGCAUCCAAAACUUAGCCGUCAAGUAGUAUCUGGGCAUCGAUUUGACCCUCAAUAAUUAAUUUUUAAUAAGUUUCUUACGCCUCUCAUUAAGAGGAUCAAGUAUCUGGCUUUUAGUAUUAUUAUUGUGUACAUGAUGAGGAAUCUUUAAACAAUUACCUGCAAAAGAAACGGUUUUGGAACUGAUUAAGUUGUAUGUCAGUUGUAAUAUACAUAGACCAUACGUUAGAACCAAAGCAUUAAGCUGCGUCCACACCUAACAAACAAUUCAAAAACGUUUGUCGAAUGUUUGCUUGAUGUAGGCGUGUUUUUAAUCCAAUUUUUUUGUCAAUAAUCCAAACAAAAAUGUUCGCUUGCUAAACAAACAUUUUGAGUGUUUGUACCUGUAUUCCGAUAUAUAUCUUUAUUAAAGUAAUUAUAAACUCAGUUAUAUAUAUAUAUAUAUAUAUAUAUAUAUAUUAUAUUAUAUAUUAUUAUUUAUUUCAGUUAUAUAUAAUAUUAUAAAUAAUUAAAAUAGUUUUAAAUGAUAAUAUUUGUUAAAAAUAUAUUUGAAUAUGAUAAAUAAUAAUAUGAUAUACAAUACGUAUCAAUACGUGACAGACUAUAAACAAUACACUAUUUUAUUAUUAAAUUAUGUGUUGUUUUCCAGACUAUAUAGAGAGAUAAUGCCAUAAUAUUACGUUUAUAAAUACAUAUUUUGUUAUAACUUAUGUAUAAUUUCUAUAAAUUCAAUCAAUGAGCACGUAGCACCACACACGGAAAGUGGUAUUUCUUAUUUAUAUAGUUUUAAAUAAUAUACUGACUACCGUUUCAUAAAAUAAAACGUUUCAUUUUUUUUUUUUUUUAAUGUUUUAUUACGUAUUAUAACAAACGCAGCAGCACCAAUGCAGCAUGCGACUUGUUCUAGAUCUGACAUUUUCACGACUGUUGGCAAACAUAUAGCGAACAAAUAAAUUAUGAACAAACGUUUGUUGUCAUGAUAAAAUGUUUGACAAACGUUUGAUAAAUAUCCAGCAAACGUUUGACAAACAAUGUUUCCUCAAAAGUUCGUUAGGUGUGGACACACCUUUACAGAUCUCAUUAAGACAUCUGGGCAAAUUAAAAUUAGAUGAAUGAAACCCAGAACACAGUGCUUUCUUGAUGAUAUAAUCAAUAUGGGGGGAGAAAAACGAGUGAUGGAUUAUAUAAAAGUUUUGUAUCUGCUAAACCGUUUAGACCAGGGCUGGUAAUAUACAUGUAUACAUUUCACGUAUAAAACAAAACUUUAUAAUAUCUAAAACAUUCUAUUUUUUUUUUUUUGGAGUUGUAAUAGUGAUAAUACUUUCCAUUUUAAAUUUUAAUAAGUAUUUAAACUUAUAAAUUAUUAUAACAAAUUAAAAAAUUACAACAACUUGGUGAAUUUUCUUAAAUUUAGAAUAUAAUAAAAACAAAACAAAUUAUUUUUUAGUAUUAUAAACAUUAAUGUAGUUAUUAAUAAAGAAUAAAGAUAAACUAAGUAAUCAAUAUAACAACUUAUCACAUAUAUCUUAGGUAAUUAAUAUAUAAUGUACAAAAUGAUGAUUGAAUUCUAUUGGCAAUUAUUUUAUCUGAUCAUUUCUGGUCAAUUGCAGCAAAAAAAAAAAAAAAGUACUGUAUAAAACAUAGACAACUUAUAGUUUUAUAUGUAUGCAUAAUACAUGAUUUAUACUUUACUAUAUUAUAUGUUCUAACCCUAGUUUAGACUGGUUGUACAUAAAUGUCAUUCAAGUUUGAUGAAAGAAUAUUGUUUUACAUUUAUUGAUAACAAAAGUUAAUUAUUACACCAGAUAUUAAAAUUAUCGAGGUUAUUUUGUAGGAUAAUACAAUCAUGUGAAGUUAUCAUACAAAAAAUCUCAAAAUUAUCUUUAUAGUAAUAAUUUGGUAAGUAGGUACUUUGAGAAUUUUAAAAAAUGUCUUGUUAUUUUUUUGAAAUAUUAAGGUAUUUUAUUUAUUAAAGUUUCUACGUAUAAACAUACAGGUUAAUCAACAUAAUGCAAUAAGCUCAUUAGCUCUGGAAGAAAUACCUUUAAUCAGAAUUUAUUUUUUAGGAAAUAUAGGAAACCAACAACUCUUAAAUAUUAUAUUAUUAACAUUUUGAUUUUUAAAUAACAUAUAUAAAACAAAUUCCAUAAACAGAUGAAGUUUAAAUUUUUAAUUUCCAUCAACCUGUUAAUUAGAUAAUCCUUGGAUCAAUCACUUUUAAAUUUGUGUUUUUGUUAAUAUGGGAGAGUAAAAGAACUUCAUAUGUUUCAUUGCGCUGUGUUUAAUCUUUGAAUUAUGUUUGAUUACUUAACCCUACCCACAAAAAGACAAACAUAAAUCGGAAUAUCUUGUUAAUGUAUUGAUAGAAAUUAAAUAUUUCAACACCAAAAUGUAUUUAUUGGUUACCAAAUUCAUUUCAAAUUGGAUAUUGAAUUAUAGUCGCUUUUUCUAACUAAUUUAUUUUUUUUUUUAAAUUACAUUUGUUUGAUAAGGUGGUAUGUUCGUUUUUGAUUAUAAAUGUUUAAUGUGUUUUAUGUGUCAUGUUUCUCGUAGAUAAGUGCAGGUGAGCCCAUAAUAAUUAUCGAGUAAAACUGACGGGAUUCGAAAAUUUCCAUUAAGAAGUUCCAAUAUGAUAAUAAAUGCAACAAACCAAAAGACCACACUUGGUCCUUAAGGUUCAAAUUGAAAGUUAGGUAGUAAAAAAGACAGUACCUCCGUAUGUUGACUAAACCAAAACAAGAGGCCCAAAACGAUAGUAAUGAUGCAAUAGACCAAAUAACUAGGAAACUUGCACCUUCUUAGUGAAAGUACUGAAAUAAAUAUAUACACCAAAAGUGCAGUUAGGCCUAUAAUAAUACCCUGUAUAUUUAGCAUCAUUGUCUUCAUUAUUUUAUUUGAGUAAACAUGCACCAGUUGAUGAGAAAUACUUAGAUAAAUUAAAUCCAGUAAAUAUAAUUAAGUAUUACAAGCGGAAGAGUAUAGAUAGCAGCAACUAUAGACAAAGGGUUAUGGGGGUACAUCUCAAUCAUAUAUAAACACCACCCGAAUCAUUGUAAAAUUAGACUACCACAAUCUAAAAAGAGUUCCUUUGUGACAUUCUGUUUAACGUUUUUAUAUUAUUUAGACUGAAUAUUUUUGAAGAUUUUAAAUAAAUAUUUGGACUUAUGUUUUUAUUAUGGUACUUAGAGUUGAUUCUAAUUAUUUCAUGUACCUACACCUUCGCCAUUCUCCUACACUGAGCAUGUUACACGUAAUACAGGCUGAAUAAUAAAAUAUUAUAAUACCAUUUUUACUAAAAAUAUUGUUAUUCUGUCAUUAACUAGGUAACAAAUUAGAAAUUGUUGAAUAUUGUUGAUUGUUAUUAUUACUAGGUGUAUGUUAAUUAAUAACUUAAUAUUUAAGUAUUCAAUUCUAAUUUUUUAAUUUCCUACUUUUUAAAAUGUUUAUUGUUUUCUGUUGGUAUUCAUAUUAUAAUAUUGUACUUGCACGUAAUUAUUAUUGUCAUAGUUGUUUUGGCCGUAUUUUAGUAUCAAUUUUGCUAUGUUUAAUCUUAUUAAUUCACGCUCAUUUUUUGUCACCUCAUUCUCUAAUUAUUGACUAACUAUCCUCAGUUCUGUUUUACGUUUUUUAUUUACUUAACUAUAUUUUGUGUUCAAUACAAUCAAUACAAAAAUUUUUCCAACAAAAAAACCCGGUCAUAAAAUAUAAAUAAUAUCUUAGUAUUGUUAUGAACACCUGUGGCUAUAAAGUAUUUUAUUAUAAUGAUAACAAAUUGAUUUAUUGAAAAAUUUAAAUUAGGUACCAUAAAUUAAAACUCAAAGGUUUAUUUGGGUAACCAAACUUGUUUAAAUUACAUGUAAUAUUAUUUAUACUAUUUAACAGUGGUUCCUAAUUAGUAUGAAACCACGGACCCCUAUCUAAAACUUAAAUUGGUCCGAGGACCCUGUAUUUGUGAAUACUAUCUUUUAAAUUUUCUUUAUUUAUGAAGAUGAAAAAAAUAUUUUGUAUGUUUUUAUAAUAAUAUAAACACAGAUUUUCUCAAAAAAUAAAGAUAAUAAAGAAUAUAAAGAUAUUUAUUUGAUUUAACUCUUGACUUUUUAUUUUAAAUUAGUUAUUGCAUUUAAUUUCAAACUUUAUGACUUCUCAUUUCAUUCAUCAGUGAAACCUUUCUUUUUUGUUCAUAAUCUCGUCAAAGUACGGCUGCAUACUUAAUAUUUUCACUCUUAAAUCAAUGUCAAUAUUAAGUCUAUUACGAUAUUUGUUUUUCAUGUAGCAGUAGGUAGAAAAGGCCUAUUCACAUCUUAUGUUGUGCAAAAGGGGACUAAAUAUCUUAAAGCUUUUUUGACCAGUAGCUUUUGGUCAAUUUGAACAGUCAUCCAAAAAUUAGUUUCUAUCGUUGGAAAUAUUUUUUAUUGUUCUGUUAUUUACCAGAUCAAUUAAUUAAUCUUGUUCCUGUUCAGAAAAUUUUCAAUUUUUUCAAUAUCACAAAAUAAGUGAAUUUCUUGUCCAUGUAUUGUUUGUUUUGGGUCAGGUUGAUAAAAAUAUUUUCUUAAUGUUAUGACCAUGCUCAAUAAGUGUUAAGAUAUUUCAUUUUUUACCUUCUGUAAUAGACAUUCACUUGAAGAUUCCAAACAAAACUUGUAAUGUCCAAAUUUCAAAUUUUUUAAAUUUGCUUCGAUUUUAUCAUCAACAUGGAAACCAUCAAUAUAAAUUCCUUGUUAACUCAAAUUUAGUCCAUCCUAGUACACAUUGACUAAGUAAGCUGUCUGACAAAGCCAUUUAAUCAUUUAAAUAAAAUAAAAUUUAAAAAAACCACUACAGUACUGUACAACCGUGAACUCUCUAACAUUAAUAUGCAGACCUCUUGUGGUUUGUGGACCACUAAUUGGGAACCAUUGCUGUAUUCUAUUAUUAAUUAUUUUAAAUUAGUUUUUUAAUGUGAAUAUUAAAAAUAAUUGUUUUAUUAAUAUUAUGUUAUAGCUUGUAUAACUAUGAAAUAAAAAAUUUAAAAAACAAGUGAAAAUAUUAAAAACUGAAUUUUUUUAUAUGUUGAUGAAAAAAUCAUUUAAAUGAAAAUAAAAUUUAUUUUUCUCAUUUAAAAAAAAAAAAAAAAAAAAAUUGAGUAUCAACCAUGUCUUCUUUUCUUAUUAUUGCUUCGUAUACUGCAGUUCUAUCUGCUCAUAAUAUAAGCUAAUUUCUAAUAAUAAAUGAAGCUGUUUAUAGACAUACAAAAAAACUACUUGCAUAAUUUUGAUUGGUAGUUCACAUUAUUUUUAAUAAUGUGAUUACCUACAUGUAUCUAUUAAUGAUAUGCAUUACUAUUUAAUAAUAGCAUAACAUUAAAUAAUAAUUACACUGAUUGAAAUGUUUUCGUUUUUGGCUCUAAACUGGAAAUUUUUAGAUGUUCAUCAUAGACUAAUACAAAUUCAUAUUAGAUAGAGUAGAAAAUUGAUAAAACAAUGUUAACUUUGACAUUAAAAACACAUAAAAGUAAUUAGAUUCCUAAUGCAUUUAAUUAUUUUGGUUUAGACAAGAUGGGCGUUUGCUUUUUAUGCGAUGCUAAGCUAUUUGGGGAAAGAACACGUGUGUGUUCUAGUAUAACUCCCUAUAGCAACGUUCCAUACCCGGAGAAGAUUGUAGAACUUUUGGGAGAAGAAUUUGUGGUUAUUGUAACUACCGGGGACCACAUGUGUAAGAGAUGCACUUCACUUCUAGUGCAUAUGGAUAAGUUGGAAAACGACUUGAAAAUUGUGAAAAAUGCAAUGGUAUCAUAUAUUCAAAAAAAACAUGGAAUCUUGCCGCCUGAUCAAACUGUUAAAUCUCUUGAGGUAUAAGUGGAUUAGUAAUAUUUAUGGAACAUUAAAUUUAUUCAUGUAGUUGUUUUGUUAUAAAUAUGUUAUUAGUCUUAAAAUUUAUAUUGUCUUUAUAAUAUAGGUUGUCAACGGCAACUUAAAGACUGAUGAUUUGGAGGUUGGUCAGCGGAAAGUACCGAGUGGUUUAACAACAGUUAGAGAAAAUAAUACUGUGCAUCCUCCGAUAAAAAUGUUGAAAACUGUGGCACCAGUGGUGGAUAAUAAUGCUUCAAAAAUGAAAAUAUACAAAUGUGGUUUUUGUGCAUUCCAAUCUAAAGAGCUUGGCCAUGUUCGGUAUGCACUUAUAUUAGUAUUUUUAUAUUAAUGCAUAAUAUUUAUAUAUUUUUUAUUUGUUUAAGUUUCCACAUGCGCACCCACAUGAACAACAGAAAGACGGAAUUGGAAAAGGCCACUAAUCAAUCUUCUGUAGCUAAAGCUAUUACUCCAGUAAGAAUAAAGUUAUGAUAAAUAUAAAAUUUUACCAACCAAACAAUCAAGUAGAUAAGCUCAAGCUAUUUUAUUUUUAAGAAUAAUACAAAUAAUUUGUAGAUUAUGUCAUGUGAAAAACCAUAAAUAGUUUUACUAAAAAUCGUAUAUUAUAUAUGAAUUAGACAUUGAUAGGCCACAAGUCUGGACUCAUCUAUCCUUUACUACUUAGACAAUUUGUCAACAUUUUGCGGUGGUACCAUAAUAAAAUAUCUCAGUCAUGGUUAUCUGUAGAUAAUUAUUGUCUUAUCACAUAAAAUAAUAUAAAUAAAUCGCCUAAGUCUGCCAUAUUGGAAAACGAAAAAAUUGAGAGUUCUUUUAGGGAUGGUCUAUCCAUUCUGUAUUAUCUAUGAAAUAAGACAAGGGGGUUUAGGAAGACAUAUUCUUAUUCCAGGUUGCAUAAACAAUCUAAUAAUAGUUUGACAACCUUUAUUAUUGUAUCAAUAAAUCAAUGGAUAUAUAGCUCUAUUUUACUGAUAAAGGCAUGUACUGUUACAUAAAGGGGCCCCUUACAAUCAAUAAUAUUGCAUAAUAUUAUUGAUGUUAUAGAAUAGAUGUUGAAUAAAUCAAAUAGGGUUGGGCAUUUUCUUGUACAAUUGGGAGAACAAUAACACCAGGUAGCACUGCUUCUACUAUGGGUGGCAGUUUCCUUAAUAGACCAAUGCUGGAGUCAUAUUUUGAUUAUACAUUGAUUAUGAUGUAACAAAAUAAUGGAAUGGGUAUAUUUUUUUUUAACCAUAAAAUUUCAAAAGUUAUAUGGGUAAAAUGAAGAGAGAAAAAUGAACACAUUUUAAGUUUAUUUUUUUUUAAUAUAUCUUUUCCUAUUCUUAGAUUAAUUGUCUAUAUCUAUCAUCUAUCUAUUGAUUAUUCUUUUCCAAGUUUUUUUAAUCCAUAUAACUUUUGUCCCAUUUUCCUACAGAUAAUACAUGAAAACUUAUAUUUUAAUUUUAAAGAGUAGAAUGUUUUAUAAUCAAAAACCUCAUAAUAAGUUCUGCUUGUUCUUUAUACUGCCAUACUUAAAUCUAUGUAAGUAAACAGUAUACUUAGAUAUCAAAAUAGUUUAAAACAUUUAAGAUGAUAUAUAGAUGUAUAUAUCGUUGGCUUCUUGCCAAAACUCUGUACUGGCAAAAUAGUAGACUUUAAAGUUUUUAAAAAUUUAAUUUUUAAGAUAAUUACAUAAUUUUUUUUUUUAAUGAAAUUGACUUGUAUUACUACAUUAAAAUAUAUUGAAUUUUUGUUAAAAUUUUUAGUGCAACAGUUUUUUCUAUCAGUAAAUUAUUGUAUGUAAAUAGUUUAGUCAUUAGUUAGUUUUAUCAAAUAGAAAAAUGAUUAUUACUGUUUGUUUUGAUUGGAUAAAUUCUGUACUGGUUUAAUAUUAAUUAGUUUUCUUAUUUAAGUAUGGAAUACUUGGCAUAAAUUUAAAAAAAAGUGUCUCAUAAACUAACCAAAAUUAAAAAUAAUAUUUAAAAAUGAAAUGAAAUUUACCAAUAUAAAAACUUACAAGUAUUACAAAAAUAAAAUAAAAAAUAUUAAAAUAAUAAUUUUAAUUAAUUUUUUAAUAUUAUGUUAAUACACAUUUUGUAGGGUUGUACAUUUUCUAGACCAAAAAUCAAAUUUUUAAAAACUUAAAAAGUCAUUUUCUGAACAUUUACUAUUUUGCCAGUGCAGAGUUUUGGCAAGAAGCUGAUGAAUAUGUACAAAACAAUUUUUAAUAAUAAUUUUCAUGUUAUAAAUCUAAUUUAAAUCCUCGUAACAAGCUCCACCAACCAUGUUCCGUGUAUUUCUAUAAAUCUAUGGAUUUCAACAGUUAUCACAGUUAUUUGGAAAUUUGAAUUUUUUUUUUUCACUGAUACUGAAUUUUGACUCGAUAUUUUAUAAUUCUUGUUUGUGCCAAAACUCAAUAAACCAUUAAUGACUUUAGCUUUUUAUAUUUACCUCCUUAUCUGUUGGUGAAAAUAAAAAACUGCAAGUUUAGGCAGGUAAAAGUAGGAAAUUCACUUAAGACAUUUCUUGCAAUUGUUAGAAAAUAUUUUACACUAAAUAGCACCAUUAUCAUAUAAUAGUAAAAUUUACCUUUACUGAGUUAUGGCUAUAAUAGUUGUAUUAUCCACAAUAAUAUUAUAUUAUUGCAAGUUAUUAUAUUAAAAAAAAAGCAUGACAUAAACUGAAUAAAUAAAUAAAUUACUAAUUCUACCAAGGGAUGUUAUGAUUAAGUAAUAUAUUGUUGUAAUAAUAUUAUGUUAUUUAAGUUGCCACCGCCACAAAAGAAACGCUUGUACAGAUGUCAAGUUUGUUCUAAAUCCUUCGACAGUAGAGUGAGCUGUCUUGAACACAUUCAAAGAGACCAUAAUGCUUCUGCAACUUCAACAUCAAAUGAGGUACAUUAAAACUGCAAACUAAUAAUUCAUAUAAUAUUGUUAUCUUUUUAAAUUAUAAUAUUGUUUUAAUAAGGAAAAGGAGGCUGAAGUAACUUCUUCUGAUACUACUAAAGUUGGCAAACUGGUUAACCAAAACAAGUCUAUUGCUAAACAACAAGCGGAAUCUACUAAGACUUCUGGUGAAGUUCAAGAAGACAAAAAUAAGAGUGUUGUAGACACAGAUAUGUUAUUGAAUGACAAUAGUCAAUCUGCAGAAAUGACAAUAGAUGAACCGGAGCAACCAGAAAAUAUUGAAGAUGCCGAACAAGCUGAAGAUGAUGCUGAAAAAGAAACAACUGAAGAACCAGAAGAAGCUGAGGAAACUGAAGAUGCCGAGAUGCAAGAGACUGUGGAAGAGACUGUGCAAGAGACAGUUAUUGAAGAACAAGAACAAGAACCAGAACCAGAACAAGAACAAGAUCAAGAACAAGAUAAUUCUGCCCAAGCAGAAGAUAACUCUGAUCAAGAAGAUGCUAUGCAAGUAGAUGAGGAAAUUGAAGAUUCUGUUGAAAAACCAGUUGAUAAUACUGUUGACAACAAAGCAAGAGAUUUGGACAUAGAAUCUAUGUUGGCUGCAAUCCAUAAUGAUAACCCUUCUACUGAUAGCGGGGAUACACAAAACUCAGUUUAAAUCCGUUCUUAUCACAUUUGUGUUAAGAAUUCAAACUUAAUGUUUAUUACUAAACAUAGAAUUCAUCAUUUUAAAUUUUAUUUAUUAAUUUAUAGCAUAGGAUUAUUUUCUCUUUCAGAAUAGCAAAAGCUUAAAUAUUAAUUUUUUUUUUUAAUCUAAACAAUAUACUAGUAUGCCCCUUAUUAAUUGUAUAUUGGCUACAAUCCAUAAUGAUAACCCUUUUGAUUGCGUAGAUACAAAAAACUCAAUUUAAAUCUGUCCUUAUUUAUCACAUUUAUAUUAUGAAUUCCAACUUUAAAGAUUAUGAUUAAAUAUAAAAUUCAUAAUUUUCUUUUAGAAUACUUAAAAGGCUUAACAUCUUAUUUUUAUAAUUAAGAACAAUAAUAUUUCAAUUUUGAAAGUUUGUUUAUUUAAUUAUAAUUUAUAAUUUUUGUCUUAUAUUCAUAUGCCCCUUUAUUAANUUAUAUUAUGAAUUCCAACUUUAAAGAUUAUGAUUAAAUAUAAAAUUCAUAAUUUUCUUUUAGAAUACUUAAAAGGCUUAACAUUUUAUUUUUACAAUUAAGAACAAUAAUAUUUCAAUUCUGAAAGUUUGUAUUGUUUAUUUAAUUAUAAUUUAUAAUUUUUGUCUUAUAUUUGUAUGCCCUUUUAUUAAUCUAUGUUGGCUGCAAUCCAUAAUGAUAACCCUUCUACUGAUAGCGGGGUUACACAAAACUCAGUUUAAAUCCAUUCUUAUCACAUUUGUGUUAAGAAUUCAAAUUUCAUGUUUAUUAUUAAACAUAGAAUUCAUCAUUUUAAAUUUUAUUUAUUAAUUUAUAGCAUAAGAUUAUUUUCUUAUUUCAGAAUAGCAAAAGCUUAAAUAUUAAUUUUUUCUUUUAAUCUAAAUAAUAGUAGUAUUUCAAUACUGUAGGUUUGUAUUGUUCAUUUAAUUAUAAUAUAUACUUAUACUAGUAUGCCCCUUAUUAUUGUAUAUUGGUUACAAUCCAUAAUGAUAACCCUUUUGAUUGCGUAGAUACAAAAAACUCAAUUUAAAUCUGUCCUUAUUUAUCACAUUUAUNGAAAGUUUGUUUAUUUAAUUAUAAUUUAUAAUUUUUGUCUUAUAUUUGCAUGCCCUUUUAUUAAUCUAUGUUGGCUGCAAUCCAUAAUGAUAACCCUUCUGCUGAUAGCGGGGAUACACAAAACUCAAUUUAAAUCCCUUCUUAUCACAUUUGUGUUUAGAAUUCAAACUUCAUGUUUAUUGCUAAACAUAGAAAUUUAUCAUUUUAAAUUUUAUUUAUUAAUUUAUAGCAUAAGAUUAUUUUCUCAUUUCAGAAUAGCAAAAGCUUAAAUAUUAAUUUUUUCUUUUAAUCUAAAUAAUAGUAUUUCAAUUCUGUAGGUUUGCACUGUUCAUUUAAUUAUAAUCUAUAUUUAUACUAUACUUAUAUGCUCCUUUUAGUAAUUGUAUGUUGGCUAAAAUCCAUAAUGAUAACCCUUUUGAUUGCGUAGAUACAAAAAACUCAAUUUAAAUCUGUCCUUAUUUAUCACAUUUAUAUUAUGAAUUCCAACUUUAAAGAUUAUGAUUAAAUAUAAAAUUCAUAAUUUUCUUUUAGAAUAGUAAAAAGGCUUAACAUCUUAUUUUUAUAAUUAAGAACAAUAAUAUUUCAAUUUUGAAAGUUUGUUUAUUUAAUUAUAAUUUAUAAUUUUUGUCUUAUAUUCAUAUGCCCCUUUAUUAAUCUAUGUUGGCUACAAUCCAUAAUGAUAACUGUUUCAAUCUGUUUUUACUUAUCACAUUUUUGUUAAUGAAUUGAAACUUGAUAAUUAAUUUAACAUAGAAUUUUCCAUUUACUUAUUUUAAAAAAAGUUGACGGUUAGUUUAAAAAAAAAAAAAAAAAAAAAUAUUAAAUUAAAACAUUCUUUAAUGUAAUUAAAAAUAACAAUACAUUUUAUAAAAAUUAAUCUAAUUUUACUUAUUUAUUUAUUUAAAAUUUUAUAAAAUAAUUUUUUUUCAUUCAUUACAAAAUAUAUUUGAUUAAUUUAGUAUAUAAUGUGUGUCAUUUUAAUAAAAUAAAAAUUUUUCGAUUAACUAAUAAUAACUUAUUUAAGAUUAUAGUAAUAGUUGUAUAAGUAGAAUUAAUUUACAGAUUCUUAAAUUUGAUAAUUGCACUUAUAUAUCAUUAUGUUCACAUGUCUGUAUGAGUUUUUUGUUUGUAUAUGUUACAUUCAAUAAAACCAUAGAUUUUAAAGAUGACAGUAGAUUUAACAAUAUUAAAGUUAUGAAAUGUGCAACAGAAAUGUAUUUAAGGUGUGUUGUUUCAUUGUUUGUACAAUUUAAAAUUAAAUUACAAAAUAAGUACUUUUAUUCUGUUCAAAUAAAAUCAAAUACAUUGCUUAUGGAUUUAAUGUAGUAUAGUAUGCUAAUAGGGCACAAUAUUUAAAUUUGAAUAGUUUUUAUAAUACUUCAUAUAAUUAUUUUAAGAUUAUUAAAGUGUUAAGUACAUUCAGGAUAUUAAAAAAAAAUUGUAAUAUUAUUUUGAGCCUUAGUACUUAGUAGCAGUUAAAAAUAAUUAUUAUAUUCUUAAAUAUUAAUUAAAUGCUUUAGAUAUUAUAGUUUUGCGAUAUUCAUAAUAAUAAUAAAUAAUUCAUUUAAAAAAAAAAAAAAAGUGUAUUUAUUUGGUAUAAUUAGUCAUGAUGGUCUGGUGUCCGCCUUGUCUUUUCAUAAUCGUAUGUAACUGAGGAUGAUGGUCUACUUAUCGGAGGACUACUGUUCUGAACAGUUUCAGCCACAGUAACAGGUUCAACAACAAACAACAGGCUUGAUGCUGAUGGUGUACGUUGAUUGCUGUUGCGACUAUUACUACUGCUACUGCUGCUAGUGCGCAACAAUUCAUCUUGUUUUUCGUUCUGGUAUCCAAAGUCAUCAGUGACCGAGAGUAAUUCAGUGUAUGUGAUGUUUGACAAAUUGGAUGAUGCUGAGUCAUUGGGCAAAGGUGGUUGCGGUGGGAAUACUGUACGAAUAUUGGGUUUCUCAUUGCGUCUCUCAAGUUUGCCACCUGCCGUGAUUGUCAUUUGUUCAUCAAGCUCCUCAAUAACCUAAUAAAUCACAAAUAAAAAAAAUAAUUAGGUACUUUUACAAUAACUAACUAACAUGAAAACAAAUUAAAUUUUGAAAAA